UGGACGGCCAUUUUGAAAACAUUUUUAUUCGCAGAUGAUGAUGAAGCAACACAAACAAUGGAAACCCCUAAGAAAGUGAGAGAAAGAAAAUCGGAGCCACCAAGUGCGACUCCAGAUGUGCCAUAUUGUGAGAGUCCAAGUAAAGUUAUCAAAAGUGACCAAACAGGUGUCUUUAUUCCAGGCAAUCAUGAAGCUGAGAUGUGCUAUGGAGGAGAAGCUGAUCUACACAAACAUGUUACUGACUGUACGAAGAAUCCAGGUCACAAAGGUUUUACACCUCUUAAAGAUUUCAACAUAAAAUAUCUCCCAUCACGUUUUCACGAUGACCUCGUGUCUGAAAUAAUUAAAACAUUGGCAGCCCUAACUGUCCAGGUAAAGACUAAAUUCACAAGUCUAGAGAGACCAGAGUUUUACCCAGGCACUCAAUUUCCAUAUCCAUGUUAUAAGGACAGAGGAAGUCGCGUGAUGAGGUUAGGGACGGGCAGGGUGAGGUGUUUGUAUAAAUCUACAGAGAGUGACGGAACUUGUCGUUGUGCCAAAUGUCAAGUCUCUGCCACACCCAGCAAAGUGUGGUGGGUGGUUUGUGUGUUGACAGCCACACAUGUGGUGUUUGAUGACAGUGAGGCGAGACAGACCAUGUGUGUUUUAGGUUAUGAUGACAAUAAAAGUCCAGGGGUCAGUCUUGAUGGCUGGGAGGUGGGGGGUAAGGCACGCAUUAAGAGAGACUGGUGUUGGUUGAGACAUUCGACAUGUGACUUAAAGUUGGUUGAUGAACUGGACAAGAUGAUUCGGCGCUUUGAUGAGCUUUGUUGGGAAGUAUGGAAGACAUACAGGAUGUUUGAUGAUGUGGACAAGUUGACCGUUAUAGUAUCACAUCCUCAUGGUUGUCCUAAACAGGUCUCUGUAGGACAAUGGACACACAAACUCGAGAGGGAUGUCACCAGGACUAGGUACUGGUACACAACAUGUACAUGUCCAGGCACCAGUGGAGCGCCGGUCUACAGGCUAGGAUAUGACAGGGUUUGGUGUGAUCGUCCUCAUAGUGGAGCUAACUCUGAAGGGAAUUAUAGUGGGGAGUAUGUUACUACUCCAAACUGAUUUUUUUAAUCAGUCACACAACAAUAGCUUUGGUUUUUCGGCAUAGUACUAAUAAUUCUAAAAACGUGGAUACCAAUUUUAAGUCCGUAGGACAAUUAGAAAAAAAGGUUAUGCGCUUAAGAAACAUUUUUUUUUACCUUUUCCGACCUCAUGAGGACUUUAGCACCGAUUGUCACAAAGACUAUAAAAGCUGUAAGCUUUCCCUUACUUAAUUCUAAUAAUAGAAAAGAAAAAUUGAAGUCCUAAUUCUUUUCAAACAAGCAUAACAAAUUAAACAUAAAUUUUGUGUCUUAAAAAUUGUACUACACCAUUUUUAACAUAAAUUUGAGAGGACGGCAAAAAAACAACACAAAAAUCACCAACUUCUACAAAACAUUCUAACAUUCUUCUGAUGCAUGCACAAUAAUGGAACUAGCAAAAAAGCAUUUGUUUCUGUACAGUUUGCUAUUUUUUAAAAUGCAGUAUGACGUAAAAGCUUGUUAUUAAAACGUUUUUUAUGAAUUUCUGUUAGUACUUUACAUGUUUUAAUUACACUAGAGUUGCAUGACUAAAAACCAUUGCGCACCUUUUGAACAUGAUGACGCGUGUCUUAAAGCGCGGAACAGUUUGAUGAGAAAGUCUACUAAUUUGGAACAAAUUUUAAUUAAGUCAUAAAAAAUUAAUCAGGCUAACUAUUAAGUCAAACUUGUAAUGUCAUGUUGCAUUGUUUUCAUGUCUUGACCCAACUAAGUACCAACUAAGAACCGUAUCUGUCCAUUUGAUGUGCCUGCAAUUUCGCUCUGGCGUUUCGAUUUAGAUAGAUUGAUGACUGUCGACAGACUGACUAGGAAGUGAGUUAAAUAAAAGCUUGUAAAAACAGCGGAAAUUUUCCCGUCAUUAAACUGUGUUAAGACUUGCAUGUCUUGUAAACAUUUUAUUACCUUUAAGUGACUAAAACAAAUGUUUGGAUUGUUUUAAACCGUUUAACCGUUUUAAUUUGUAUCUACCACGUAUUUUAUGCGUUUUUCAUUUAUAAUGUGGUAAAUAUUUAUUUUGUCUGUAAAAAUUGUUGUUUUAUUCUCACACUGAAUUGUAGCUUUACAUAUUACAUUUCUUACUCUUCUUAUUUGUU